GGCUGAGAGUUGAGAGUCUGUGCGGGGCGGAGAAAUCAACCACCGCGCUCUGGAGCCGUGUUUUCUUCGGGCUGUGAGAGUUUUAUCUGCUCAGUUUUUCCUUUAGUCAUUCAGCAACUUGAUAAACGGAGAGAUGGACAGUAACGUGGUGCAGAUCUUUAAGGAGGAUAAAUGUCCUUCUUCUCAUGCUGAGGACUGUGGGGUGAACUUCCCCUGGCAGUCUGGCUUCUCGGACCCCUACAACUACUCCGUGAACGAGAGCUGGACCGAGGACCCCGAGCCGCUGUCCCCCAUCAUCCCCGUCAUCACCGCCGUGUACUCGGUGGUGUUCGUGGUGGGUCUGGUGGGGAACUGCCUGGUCAUGUAUGUGAUCAUCAGAUACACUAAGAUGAAAACUGCCACCAAUAUAUACAUCUUUAACCUGGCUGUGGCGGACGCCCUGGUGACCACCGCCAUGCCCUUUCAGAGUGCGGACUACUUGCUGAACUCCUGGCCUUUCGGAGAGGUGGUCUGCAAGGUCUUCAUCUCCAUCGACUACUACAACAUGUUCACCAGCAUCUUCACCCUCACCAUGAUGAGCGUGGACCGCUACGUGGCUGUGUGUCACCCAGUCAAGGCGCUGGAUUUCCGCACACCCGUCAAAGCAAAGAUCAUCAACAUCCUCAUCUGGGUUCUGUCCUCUGCAGCUGGAAUUCCUGCCAUGGUGCUGGGAAGCACCCAGACCAACAAUGGCACCACCGAGUGUGCACUCCAGUUCCCCGACCCCUACAUGUACUGGGACACAUUGAUGAAGAUUUGUGUCUUCAUCUUCGGCUUCGUGGCACCCCUAAUCAUCAUCACCGUCUGCUACACUCUGAUGGUGAUGCGACUGAAGAGUGUCCGGCUUCUGUCGGGCUCACGCGAGAAGGACCGCAACCUGCGGCGCAUCACUCGCUUGGUGCUGGUGGUGGUGGCUGUGUUCGUGGUCUGCUGGACUCCCAUCCACAUCUUCAUCCUGGUCAAAGCUUUGGCGCCUGGAGUCCCAGAAACCACUGCAGUGAUGGGCGCCUAUUUCUUCUGCGUGGCUCUGGGCUACACCAACAGCAGCCUUAACCCUAUCCUCUACGCCUUCCUGGACGAGAACUUCAAGCGCUGCUUCCGGGACUUCUGUUGCCCGGGCCGCAGCCCAGCCAACGGACCAGGCAUGCUGCGGGUCAGGAGCACCCUCCGAGAGCACACGUGUCCGGCAGAGGGUCGAGGGGGAGAUGGUGGCCACGGCAGGCCUGUAUGACUAGCCGUGGAGCUGUCCUCCUACCAUGGUCAGGAGGACUCGAACGAUCUGGGACUAACGCAGAUCACCACCGCCAUCUGAAGAGGCUGAUUUACACUUCUGCUUAGAGGCACUUAUUGUGUAAAGAGGCAGAAAAGGAGUUUAGGGGUAUUGGUAGCUUGCAGAUGCUCACAGAGACCCCAGUUUCAUUUGUUUCAUUUUGUUAUUCCACCACUGAAACUCUGUAUAUGGACCAUGUGUGCUCAUGGUAUGCUGAAGGAAGUGUAGGUGGGGUAAGUAUUAAAAUGAAACAAACUACCCCUACACUGCUUUCAAACAUGGUGUUGGUUGUGUUAAACUGAAAAAUGUUGAGCCCUACUUGGCAAGCUAGCUUAAGAAAGCCCUUUUCAGUCGAGUAUAUUAACAUCAAACCCAGACUCAAACAGAUGGCCGUGUUGUGGGACGUGAGGGUGGACAAGGUUGGUUGAAUACCGAGGUCAAAGGCGAGACAGAGCAGCACGUCGUCCUUCUUGCCACCACUUCUCCACAGCCCACACAAACAGCGGGCAUUCACAUAGCGUAUAUCAUGUUGCUAGCAGUAGCUCUUCCUAAUGGAAUUGAGGAAGAAACAACCAGACGUCCACAACUUUGUAAAGCACAAAUUUAAGGUGUUUGAUAAUCAAAAUACAUUCAAGAUGGCAGCAGAGGAGUGCCUUUCAUUACUUCCACAAAACUGCAUGAGAUCCAAACUAUACAUUGGGUGAAUCUGCAGCCAUCACUGUUUGGUUGAUAGUACAACUUCCAGUGUUGAAACUGGAGCAAGACCCAAAAAUAGUAGCUUGCCAUCAGCUACCAGAGCCCUGAAAGAGCACAAAUAGGCCUUGCUCUCUCUGGGUGGGUAGAUCAUGCUCUUUUCCUGUUGAUCAGCACAGGGUGUCUGUGAGCUGAUGUAUCAGAACCGAGUCGCUGCGCUUUCCUCCGAGCGCGCUGUGAUGCUGUUGGCAAUGCUGCAUCAGCAGCAGUUCGAAAAGAGAUGGUGGCUGACUUUACAUGUAUCGGAGGAGGUAUGUGCUAGUCUUCACCCUCCUUGAGGCUAAAUGGGUGGGACUUGGCCUAGAUAAAUUGGGAGAAAAUGG